GAGCUCUGCCCGGAGGAGGUGGAGAAGUUUUGCCCCCCGGAUCUCCGGUUUCCGGCAACUCGGUGGGACCAGAACUUGCGCCUAGAAUCUGAGGCCCCGGGCUUACCCAGACAGGUUGGACUCCGAGCGCCCCCGAGACCUCUGUAAAUUAUCUUCCUAAUAAUUGGGAGACGACCCACUGACAGAAUGGCAACGGUAGAUGACUUGCAGUUUGAAGAAUUUGGUGAUACAACCACUUCUCUAGCAGCAAACCCAGAUGCCACCACAAUCAGCAUUGAGGAUCCUGCUGAAACCCCAAAGCAUAGGCCAGGACCCCCAAGAGGCUUGGGGAGAGAAGAAGAUGAUGAGUUACUAGGAAACGAUGACUCUGACAAAACUGAGUUACUUGCUGGACAGAAGAAAAGCUCCCCCUUCUGGACAUUUGAAUACUAUCAGACGUUCUUUGAUGUAGACACUUACCAGGUCUUUGACAGAAUAAAGGGGUCUCUUCUGCCAAUACCAGGAAAAAACUUUGUAAGGUUGUAUAUCCGCAGCAAUCCAGAUCUCUAUGGCCCCUUUUGGAUCUGUGCCACAUUGGUCUUUGCCAUAGCAAUCAGUGGGAAUCUUUCCAACUUCUUAAUCCAUCUGGGAGAGAAGACAUACCACUAUGUGCCUGAAUUCCGAAAAGUGUCCAUCGCAGCCACAAUCAUCUAUGCCUACGCCUGGCUGGUCCCUCUCGCACUCUGGGGUUUCCUUGUAUGGAGAAACAGUAAAGUUAUGAACAUCGUUUCCUAUUCAUUUUUGGAGAUUGUAUGCGUCUAUGGAUAUUCGCUCUUCAUUUAUAUCCCCACAGCCAUACUGUGGAUCAUCCCCCAGAAAGCAGUCCGCUGGGUUCUAGUUAUGAUUGCCCUCGGCGUCUCGGGCUCUGUCUUGGCAAUGACCUUUUGGCCAGCUGUCCGUGAGGACAGCCGACGCAUCGCAUUGGCCACAAUUGUGACGAUCGUGUUGCUUCACAUGCUGCUGUCUGUGGGCUGCUUGGCCUACUUUUUUGAUGCACCAGAGAUGGACCAUCUCCUAACAAGCACAGCUGCCCCAAACCAAACAGUUGUAGCAGCCAAGUCCAGCUAAAGAGGAAAGCAAGAAAGUAUCUUUCAUCUUUUCGCUGUGAGCACCAGAGUUCCCUGUGUAUUUGUGUAUUGUGUCAUGUGUCUUCGAGACAGCUGCAAAGACGCAUUUGGAGUUAAAAGGCUGAUAAUGCAGGUAAUCUCCUUGGAUUGCAAGGAGAUCAAACCAGUCAAUCCUAAAGGAAAUCAAUCCUGAAUAUUCAUUGGAAGGACGGAUACUGAAGCUGAGGCUCCUAUACUUUGGCCACCUGAUGUGAAGAGCCAACUCACUGGAAAAGACCCUGAUGCUGGGAAAGAUUGAAGGCAGGAGAAAAAGGGGGUGACCGAGGAUGAGGAUGGUUGGAUGGCAUCACUGACUCAAUGGGCUUGAGUUUGGGCAAACUCUGGGAGAUGGUGAAGGACAGGGAAGCCUGACGUGCGGCCGUCCCUGGAGUAGCUAAGAGUUGGACUUAGCAACUAAACAACAACACAGAGAUAAAGGAAGCUGUGCACAAAUUCAGGCUACCAUUUAGCUGAUUAAGGUCACCUUGGCAAACCUCCUAUCAAAUGCUGAAUGUCACCCCCAUUACCUUAUUCAACAAAUAUACAUAUAUUAUGUACCUACUGUGUGCUGAUCACCUUUCUAGGUACUGGGGCAGUGAACAAAACAGACAAGGUCCCUGAUCCUGUGGAUCUGACAGUCCAGUGGUCCCUGCUCAGGGGUCACCAGCCUCAGCCUCACCAAGGCAGCUAUUCCUUCUGAACCGCUCAUGCUGUGAGAAGGGCCUCUUCGGUUUUCACUGGUUGGUCCCAGCGCUAACCCUGGGCUCUCAAAUCAAGUCUAAGCUUCUUUCCCUUUGAUAACUUCAGGUGUUUGAAACCUGCUGUUCUGUGCCCCCUGAGUUUUCUCCAGCUAAAUAUUUCUUUUGUCUUCACUUACUCUUCAAAGAACUUGGCCUUCAUACUCUCCAGUCACCCUCUGAACUGGUGCCCUGGCUCACUCUUUCUUGAAUACUUAACUUCUGCUGCCCAAGGCAGUGCUUCUUACACAUGUGGAUCCUGUGAAUUCCCCUGUACAAGCCAUCUGUCACCUCUCCUUCCUCUCUCUUACCAAAAGUGACAGGAUUUUUCUCUUAUUGAAGACUAGAAGCAUAUUGUAAAAUAAUAUUUAUAUAUAUUAUAUAUGUCGGUUUCUGUCCCAGUUCCUAACAAAGGCCCCUAAAGUCCCUGUGAAUAGGGGUGCUAGGAGAAUCUUCUGUCCUGUUUGGUCUUUGACACCAGUUCCUGACACAGAGCCCCUGAGACCCUUGUUUCUUGAGCUAUAGAAGUAUUUGACAGAACUCCUAAAUCUCUUGGAAUUUCCUGGGUAGUAGAGCAUUUUUGGUUCUAAUUAGGGGACUUGGGGGCCCCCUGGAUGGGGCUGGUCAUGAGAAAGCAAGCCAUAAUCAGAAGCCUGGAGCUUUCAUCCCUAAGCCCCAUUCUCCAUAGAGAGGAGAAGGACAAGAAACAGAGUUACUAAUCAAUCAUGUCUAUGUGAUGAAGCCUCCAUAAAAAUACCCAAAGAACUGUGUGUGGAGAGUUUCUGGUUUGGUGAAUACAUCCAUGUGCUGCGAGGGUGAUAUGCCCCCAAAUCCAGGUGGACACAAGCUCCUGCACCUGGGACCCUUCUAGACCUCACCCUAUGUGUCUCUUUAUCUGGCUGUUCAUUUGCAUCCUUUAAAAUGUCCUUUGUAAUUAGCCAACAAUAGUAAGUUAACUGUUUUCCUGGGUUCUAUGAGCAAAUUAUCAAACCCAAGAAGGGGAUGAGAUCGUGGGAACCUCCAAUUUGUAAGCUGAGUCAGGCAGAAGUCAUGGGUGUAGAGGCCUAUCCCAAGGCCACAGGUGCGAGGCUUUGCAUCAAGGACUGAGAAGGGGAGCCCAGAACCAAGGUCACCUCUGAAAUUGACUGAGCUCCUUCAUAACUGUUGCCAAAAGUCCCCUGAUCAUCACCAGCAAGUUUCCUGACCUAAUGUGUGUGCAUAGUCACUCUGUCAUGUCCAACUCUGCAACCCCGUGGACUGUAGCCCACCAGCCUUCUCUGUCCUUGGAAUUUUCCAGGCAAGAAUACUGGAGUGGGUUGCCAUUUCCUGCUCCAGGGAAUCUUCCUGCUCCAGGGAAUCUUCCUGACCCAGGGAUCAGGAAGUGUCUCCUGCAUUUGCAAGUGGAUUCUUUACCAUUGUGCCACCUGGGAAGCUCCAUAUUAUGCAAAAAUGCCCAGCCUAGUACUCACUCUAUAGCACCCUAACCAAUCAUCUAAUGCCAACCUUCCAGCAGGAAUUUUCUUUGUCUUGAGGCUAUAAAAAUUGGCUACUAACCCACAAAAAGCGUUGGCUCUCCCUUGAGCCAGCCUGGUGUUCUAACAGUGUCUGGUCUCAGGAGGUUGGCCCUCUGUGCUUUCAGUGCCCACAUCAUCUCUGCUGUUUGUUCUUAAUAAACUCACUCUCUUCUGAAAUGCUCUGUGUCUGGAAAUUCUUCUCCAAUCUGCCCUCAGACUGCCAUGACAGUGGGUAACCUGGGGACCCACUGCUUGCAAUUAGCAUUAAGACCCUUAACCUGUAGGUCUGUAUUAACUCCAGGUAGUUAAUAUCAAAAUUGUUUAAUGUAGAAAACCCACAGAUCUGGUCACAGAAGUAUGGUAAGUGUUCAAGUAAAGAAAAACUGAGUUUUUUUCCAGGCACAUAUUAAUAUCCAAUUUUGACGGGCAAAUUAGUUACUACUAAGUAUUUUUAAGUAUGAUAUGACUUGAAUACAUUUUUCCAGAAAUAUGUUUAGAGAUUUCAUUAUACAGUGGUAAGAAUUUAAUUUUUAAGUAAAGAUUUUAGACAUAAUCAGCCUCAUAAAUUAGCACCAUCAUCUCAUGAAAGAGAGGACAUUAUAAUAUCAAAGGAUCUGGAAGGGCAUAAUGUCAGUACUAAA